CCCCAGCGUGGGCGACGCGGUCGCUGCAGUCGCUUCAGCAGCUGGAACCGGAGUCGCAGUCGCCGGGGUCGCUGGCCGCCGGCGCGUGGCUCGGCCGGGCCCGUAGCCAUGGAGGACUUCAUCGUGAUCUCCGACGACAGCGGCUCCGAGAGCUCGGCCGGGACCCGCUCGGGCAGGGCGCGGAGGCUGCGCCGGGCCCUGUCCCGGACCCCCGGCGCGCUGCCCCGCCGAACCGUGGACUUCAUUGACCUAACUAGAGAGACCAGAACAAGGGCAAAAGAUCGUAAUGGACUCUGUGUGAUUGAUCUGACAAGAAGUGAGGAAGAAAAUAGACCUAUUGCCACUCUUGAUUUGACUUUGGAACCUGUAGCUUCAUCUCAGAAGGAGCCACCCAGUCUUCAGACAUGUCCCAGUCUUUCAGGCAAAGAGGUGAUGGAAGCCCAGGGAGAUAGAGGUUCUCAGCCUACAGCACAGAGAAUGGUCAACAAUGAUCCUGUAGAUUUGGAUUUGUUGGAGGAAAACAUGUUUGAAGGUUCUCGACCCCCUACAGCUAUCAGCCAGGACUCUGUUUAUCCAUCAGAGCCAAACUGUAGCUCAAUCACGUACAAAGGUGGCCUCAGCUUCUUGACAAGCCUACAUCUCUCUUCAGAUGUUAGCUCCUUCUCCUCAACAAGCAAUAACAGUAGCAGCAGCAAUCAGAGGGCCUCUUUGCCAUGCCCACAGCAAGAUGUGCCUUGCCAACCACAAGGCUUGCUAUGCCCGCUACAAGCCUUAUCAUGCCCAUUAAGAGCUUCACCAUGUCCACCACGCGCUUCCUCGUGUCCACCACAAGCCUUGUCAGGUCCACCACAAGCCUUGUCAUGUCCAUCACAAACUUUGUCAUGUCCAUCAAAAACUGUGCAGUGCCAACUCCAAGCUUUGCCUCAUCCACCUCAGGAAGUGCCAUGCCCUCCUCAAGAUGUGCCAUGCCCUCAGCAGAAUAUGCCAAGCACACGUCAAAAUUUAUCAUGGCAUCCUCAUCAACACCCACUAUACCCACCCCAAGACACUCUGGGCCUACCUCAAGAUGCGCCAGGUCGACCUCAAAACCUGUCCUAUCCACAAGAUGUGACACAACUGCAAGACAUGCCAUGGUCACUGCAAGACAUGCCACUGUCACUACAGGAUGUGCUGCAAUCACUGCAAGAUGUGCCACCACUGCUGAGAGACGUGCCACAGUCAUCAGAAGUGAUGCAGUUACCUGGUGGUGUGAUACGGUCAUCAGGAGGUGUGAUGAGGUCAUCAGGAGGUGUAACACGGUCACUAGGAGGUGUGAUGCAGUCAUCAGGAGAUGCAAUACACUCACUAGGAGGUGUAACACAGUCACUGGGAGGUGUGAUGCAGUCAUCAGGAAGUGUGAUGCAGUCACCAGGUGUGCCACAGUCAUCAGGAAGUGUGAUGCAGUCACCAGGUGUGCCACAGUCAUCAGGAGAUGUGAUGCAGUCACCAGGUGUGCCACAGUUACCAGAUGUGAUGCAGUCACCAGGUGUGCCACAGUUACCAGAUGUGAUGCAGUCACCAGGUGUGCCACAGUUACCAGAUGUGAUGCAGUCACCAGGUGUGCCACAGUCAUCAGGAGAUGUGAUGCAGUCACCAGGUGUGCCACAGUCAUCAGGAGAUGUGAUGCAGUCACCAGGUGUGCCACAGUUACCAGAUGUGAUGCAGUCACCAGGUGUGCCACAGUUACCAGAUGUGAUGCAGUCACCAGGUGUGCCACAGUCAUCAGGAGAUGUGAUGCAGUCACCAGGUGUGCCACAGUCAUCAGGAGAUGUGAUGCAGUCACCAGGUGUGCCACAGUUACCAGAUGUGAUGCAGUCACCAGGUGUGCCACAGUUACCAGAUGUGAUGCAGUCACCAGGUGUGCCACAGUCAUCAGGAGAUGUGAUGCAGUCACCAGGUGUGCCACAGUCAUCAGGAGAUGUGAUGCAGUCACCAGGUAUGCCACAGUUAUCAAAUGUGAUAGAGUCACCAGGUGUGCCACAGUCAUCAGGAGAUGUGAUGCAGUCACCAGGUGUGCCACAGUUACCAGAUGUGAUAGAGUCACCAGGUGUGCCACAGUCAUCAGGAGAUGUGAUGCAGUCACCAGGUGUGCCACAGUCAUCAGGAGAUGUGAUAGAGUCACCAGGUGUGCCACAGUCAUCAGGAGAUGUGAUACAGUCACCAGGUGUGCCACAGUCAGUUAGAGAUGCACCACACUUACCAGGAGAUGUGUUGCACUCACCACAAGGGUUAUUGGACUUAGCAAGAGACAAACCAAAAUCUGCCCCAGAUGAUGUGCAGAAUCGUGACACUCCUAUGGAUAUCUCAGCUCCAUCCUCUCCAAGUUGCUCUGCCAGCCCACUGUCUCCACAGUCUGAAUUUUCCUUAGAAAAAGUUCCUUGGCUCUCUGUCACAGACAGCUUAGCCAGAAAAGAGAGAUCAUUUCCACAGCUUGCCAACCCUGGGUCUGCCCAGAUACAAGGACAAAUACCACAAGUUGGGGUAUACAAUAGACCUUGCCUGCAUAGACUGAAAUACUUCUUACGACCGCCAGUACAUCAUCUCUUCUUCCAGACAUUAAUACCAGAUAAAGACACACGGGAGAGCAAGGGUCAGAAAUUAGAGCCCAUCCCUCAUCGAAGACUAAGAAUGGUGACAAACACUAUUGAAGAAAACUUUCCUUUGGGGACUGUGCAGUUCUUAAUGGACUUUGUUUCACCCCAGCAUUACCCACCCAGAGAAAUUGUGGCUCACAUCAUCCAGAAAAUCCUGCUCAGUGGCUCUGAGACUGUGGAUGUCCUCAAGGAGGCCUACAUGCUUCUCAUGAAAAUUCAACAGCUGCAUCCAGCCAAUGCCAAGACCGUGGAAUGGGACUGGAAACUGCUCACCUAUGUCAUGGAAGAAGAGGGACAGACUCUGCCAGGACGAAUCCUCUUUCUACGUUAUGUAGUACAAACCCUGGAAGAUGACUUCCAGCAGAUCUUGAGGAGACAGCGGCAGCACCUCCAGCAAUCCAUUGCAAACACUGUUCUUUCGUGUGACAAACAGCCCCACAACGUCAGAGAUGUUAUCAAGUGGCUGGUCAAAGCAGUGACUGAAAAUGAAUUAACACAGCCCCCAGAUGGGACUCAGACCUCUUCAGGAACAGGAGUCUUGAAAGCUAGCAGUGACCACUUGUCUCCCCAGCCUAACCUGACCAGGAACACCAAUCAGCUGGUUGUGUGUCAGCUUCAGAGGAUGUUGUCCAUCGCUGUGGAGGUGGACAGGACUCCUACCUGCAGCUCCAAUAAAAUAGCUGAGAUGAUGUUUGGGUUUGUGCUGGACAUCCCUGAGAGGAGUCAGAGGGAGAUGUUCUUUACUACUAUGGAAAGCCAUCUUCUGCGCUGCAAAGUGUUAGAGAUCAUAUUCCUCCACAGUUGUGAGACACCCACCCGGCUUCCCUUGUCUCUGGCCCAGGCCCUCUACUUUCUGAACAACUCCACAUCACUGCUCAAGUGUCAGUCAGAUAAAGCCCAGUGGCAGACAUGGGAUGAGCUGGUUGAGCAUCUGCAGUUCCUGCUGUCCAGUUAUCAGCAUGUGCUGAGAGAGCAUCUACGGAGUUCAGUGAUUGAUCGGAAAGAUCUGAUCAUCAAAAGAAUCAAGCCCAAGCCCCAGCAAGGAGAUGACAUCACGGUGGUGGAUGUGGAAAAGCAGAUUGAGGCCUUCCGCAGCCGCCUGGUCCACAUACUGGGAGAACCUCUAGUCCCCCAGCUCCAAGACAAAGUGCAUUUGUUGAAGCUGCUGCUCUUCUAUGCUGCCGACUUGAACCCCGACACAGAGCCUGCCCCACAGCCUGCCGCACAGCACUGAGGCAGCCAGACUUCUAAGCAUUGAGUACCAAGAAUACCUCCUGACUGUCGCCAGCUACUUAGAAGCUCUGAAGUACAAACAGUAGUUAAGAAUAUCAUAGGACCAAACCUAUCUUAUUUAUCUGUAUGCUGUAAUCACUUUGAAACUCUUCAGUAUAUCUUUUUUUAUAAUCCUUAUCCUAGCCUAUUCAAAUGUGGCUUAAAUAUACAAUGUGUAUAUAUUUUUUAUUAAAUUAUUUAUCUAUGCUUUGGAAACAGGCAAUACGAUAUGCACUAUAUGUCCAACAUUUCCAUUCAAGAUGUGAAAGACCCCCUUCUGCUGAACAAUCUCCAUCAGUGUUACAUCAGUCAAGGUACUGAUCGCCUGUUUCUGGAAAGACAGUUUUUCCUGAAUAGAGCAUAUUCUAUAUUAGACUUUUCACAUUGCCUAUGAAUAUGACUGUGGCCAGUUAUUUAAAGAUAAGAUAAAGCAGGCAAAGAAAGAAAGGAUAGAGCCUGUUAAUGAAACGCAUGAUGUCAGAAAGAUACAACAAAAGGCACUAAGUUUACAAUGCUCUGGCUCUACUACAGGGCAGGCAGAAUGGACAAGAGACCCGGGUUUGAGAAAGUAGUAAAGAUUUUUAUUGUCAAUACAAGAUAACACAAAUAAAUUAAUUUUUACAACAA